CUGAAAAUAGGUCAAUCAUGGCAAGCGGCAAUAGCUCGGAUUUAGUUGAGGUUCAUCAUGGUGGGGACUAUUGUUCAGAAUUUGAAUAUGAUAGUGAGGCAGAGAAACAAAGAAAUAAAAGAAAAGACUUGGCUGUUAAGCAUAAAGAAAAAUCUCACAAAGUUGCACCCAGAAGUGAAUGUGAAGCUGAGUAUAGCAAAGAUGAAGGCAGAAGGCAAAGAUUCCAUAUUCUCAGUAUGGAUGCAUAUUCAAGGCACAAGAAAUUCAUCAACGAUUACAUGAUUUACUAUGGUGGAAAGUGGUCUGAAUUCAAACAGAACAAAUCAGUAGGCAAGACAGAUUUAGAUGUUAUUCGUGAAAAUCAUAGAUUUUUAUGGACAGAAGAAGAUAACCCUGAUGAUUCAUGGGAAAAGAGGAUGUCCAAAAAAUAUUAUGACAAAUUGUUUAAAGAAUAUUGCAUAUCAGAUCUAAGUCGAUACAAAGAAAAUAAGGUUGCCAUGAGAUGGAGGAUAGAAAAAGAAGUAGUAGAAGGGAAAG